UGGGAGCCGUUUGAAUGUAAAGAACAUUAAAACAUACAUUGAGGUGAACUGGAGUUAGUUAUUAUUUUCUGAUCACACUUGUGGCAGACUGCUAUUUAUAAAGGUCCAGUAGGCAGAUGCUGCAGUUAAAAUGGGGGAUGACAGUGAGUGGAUGAAAUUACCCACAGAGGACAAGGUCACACACAAGGUAUGGAAGGCCCGACUUGCAGGAUAUGAAGAAGCUGCUAAACAAUUUCCAACUCUGGACGAGAAAAGUCCAGAAUUUUCAAAGUACCUUGGGCUCCUGAAGAAGUUUGUUAUAGAUAACAAUGCCAUAGCACAGGAGAAAGGCCUGGACGCUGUCCUGGCAUUUGUAGAGAAUGCAGCAGUUGCUGGAAAAACUACUGGGGAGAUUGUGAAUGGUUUAGUCACAAAAUGUUUCAAUGCCAGUAGAGCCAAAACAAAGGAAAGGGCCUUUGAAAUUGUCAUGAUGUACAUAGAAAUAGAGAAACAAGAAAUAGUCAUGGAAGAGUUGAUGAAGGGACUUGAGAACAAGCAGCCUAAGAUAGUUGCAGCAUCAGUACAGGCCAUUAGAGAUGCUGUCAGAGAUUUUGGUGCUAAAUGUUUCACACUGAAGCCAGUAGUAAAGAUGAUUCCCAAGCUGUUAGAGGACAGAGAUAAGAAUGUAAGAGAGAUGACCAAGUCUUUGACAGUAGAGCUGUACCGCUGGAUCGGUGCUGCACUCAAACCACAGCUGGCAAAUCUUAAACCUGUACAGAUCACAGAAUUGGAAACAGAGUUUGAAAAUCUUGCUGGUGAGAAGCCAGUCCAGACCCGCUUCCUGCGUUCCCAAGCAGAUCUUAAGGCUAAAAUGGAGGCAAAAGCAGCUAGGGGAGGGGGAGAAGAAGAGGGGGAAGAUGAGGAUGAUGAGGAGGCUGCAGAAGAAAUUGAUCCAUAUGAGCUGAUGACAGCAGUAGAUAUAUUGUCCAAGUUGCCAAAGGAUUUUUAUGAGAAGAUUGAGGCCAAGAAAUGGCAAGAGAGAAGAGAGGCCCUAGAUGCUGUCCACAAGCUGCUAGAGAGCCCCAAGCUGGAGAAUGGGGAUUAUAGGGACCUUGUGAGAGCACUGAGGAAGGUUGUGGCCAAAGACACCAAUGUGCUUCUAGUAACAAUAGCUGCACAGUGUUUAGCAAAUUUAGGAAAAGGUCUGAGGAAAAAGUUCCAGCCAUUUGCACAUGAGGUCAUUCAAACUGCUCUAGAGAAGUUCAAGGAGAAGAAAGUGACUGCAGUAGCUGCCUUGAGAGAGAUGGUGGAUGCAGCAUCUGAUGCAACUACCCUUGAAGUGGUCAGCGAAGAUUGUUUGACAGCCUUGGAAAACAAAAAUCCCCAGAUUAAGGCAGAGACAGCCCGGUUCAUUGCCAGAUGGUUUACAAAGUGCACUCCAACUACCCUGCCAAAGAAGAUGUUAAAACUUUAUUGUGCUACACUUUGUAAGACCAUCAAUGACACUACCCCAGAUGUAAGAGAGGCGUCAUUUGAAGCCCUGGGGACAGCCAUGAGGGUGGUUGGAGAGAAGCCACUCACACCUUUCCUAGCAGAUGUGGAUCACAUCAAGUUAGAUAAGAUCAAGGAGUGCUGCGAGAAGGCAGUGCUUGUGAACAUGAAGGGUGGUGGUGCUAAACCUCCCAGCAAGGCUGUGCCACCAGCAGCAGCACCAGCCAGCAAGGCUUCUGCACCACCAGCAAAGGCAGCUAGCACCAGUAAACCUGCAGAAAAGGCUGCAAGCAAACCUACCAAAAAAGCUGCUGGAGGGCCUCCAAAAAGUGCCGCUGGUAAAAAGGGAGCAGCAAAGAAAGCAACUGGUGGAAAAGAAGGACCCACAGAACAAAUGCUCUCUGAUGAAGCCGUGGAGGAGAAAGGCUCUGCACUGUUAACAGCAGAGUUACUCACCAACCUGGCCAGUUCUAAUUGGAAGGAGAGGCUGGCUGCCACCGAGAAGAUGAGAGAUGUCAUCACAGGCUUGACCAGAGAUGAUAUACCUACCCAGGUCUGUGUCAGGGUGCUGAGUAAAAAACCAGGACUCAAGGAUACCAACUUCCAGGUCUUAGGAGUGAAACUGAAUCUGGUCAGCCACCUGGCAAUGAACUCCAAGUUCAGCCAGACCUCUGCCCAGUGUAUCCUGGGAGACAUGGUGGACAAGGUGGGGGAUGUGAAGAAUGGGGGCACCUGUCAGGAGGCUCUUAGCUGUAUAGCAGAGGCCACAUCACUGGAGUUUGUGGCACAGGAGGUAAUGAAACUAGCCUUUGCUCAAAAGAAUCCCAAGAACCAAUCUGAGGCACUGAACUGGCUUGCCAAGGCAGUCAAGGAGUUUGGAUUUAAAAUCAAUGUUAAACCUGUGAUAGAAGUACUCAAGAAGGCCUUUGCAGCUACAAACCCAGCUGUGAGAACCUCUGCUAUUGCCUUUGUAGCUGUGGCACACAUGUAUAUGGGACCUACACUCAGGACUUUGUUUGAGGAUGAGAAACCUGCUCUCUUACAACAGAUUGAUGAUGAGAUUGCCAAGGUUCAAGGAGAGAAGCCUCCAGCACCUACCAGAGGCACCACUCCAAAAGACAAGGGUGGUGAUGAUGAUGAGGAGGAGGAGGAAGAAGGAGAGGAGCAGGCAGAUGUGGCAGAUUUGGUCCCUAGGAAUGACAUCAGUGAUAAAAUCACAGAGGAAAUUGUGACAGAGAUGGCAGACAAAAACUGGAAGAUCAGAAAUGAGGCUCUUCAGAAGGUUGCUGCCAUAAUCAAUGAGGCCAAGUUCAUCACUCCAAACUUGGGCAGUCUCCCAGAGGCCUUGAAGGCAAGACUAGGAGAUUCCAACAAGAUCUUGGUUUCCACUUGCCUUACUAUCUGUCAAACUCUGGCCACUGCUAUUGGUCCCAAAAUCAAACAGCAUGUGCGCAUUAUCGGGCCAGGGAUGGUAGGAUGCUUUGGAGAUUCCAAGCCCCAGCUGAGAGCAGCCACAGGGACUGCACUGGAUGCCUGGGUGGAGCAAUGCACUUUGCUUCCUUUCUUGGAGGGAGAGAUCUUCAGUGAGCAUCUGAAGAAAGGAAAUCCAAAUCUCAAGACAGAGCUGCUUGGAUGGUUGGCCACAAAGUUGCCCAGCUGCAAGAAGGUGCCCAAAGACAACAAGGAGGAGCUCCUGGCUUGCAUCUCCUCCAUUCUCACCUGUCUGGAGGACAGGAAUGCUGGGGUGCGCACCAAGGCUCAGGAGGCCCUAGUCCCUUUCAUGAUCCACACAGGCUACGAUGCCUUCCUCAAGGCCUGCAAUUCAUUGCCUGCAUCUUCCAAAGAACCAGUGAAGGCUCAGUUAGAUAAGGCUAGGGAAAACCUUCCCGCAAAACCGCCACCUAAAAGCAAGAGCACAACAUCUGCUGCCCCUACACCAGUAGCAGCACCACCUGAGGAUGAUGAGCCUGAGCCUGCACCAUCAGCACCCAAGGCAGCAGCCAAGUCUCCGCCUAAAGCUGAAGGCAAGCCAAAGGCUGGAGGCAAGAUUGUAGUCAGAGGAAUGAAGAAAGGACCAGCUGCUGGAAAGAGCAGUAAAAAAGACGUGGAAGUUGACCUGAGUCCACCCCUUACCAUUGGCUCCUCCAAAGAGAAGAGAAUGAAGGAUGAGAAAAACUUGAAGACAUUGAAAUGGAACUUUACCUCUCCACUGCCUGAAUUUGUUGAGCAGCUGAAGAAGGAUAUGGAACAAAACGUGAACAAGACAUUGAUGGAUCAGAUGUUUAACAAAGACUUUAAACAACAUAUCAAAGCUUUGGACACCUUAAUAAAAGCAGUUGAAGAACAUCGUGAUGCCACUGUGGCCAACCUUGACCUAAUCCUCCGCUGGAUGACCUUGAGGUUCUUUGAGACUAAUCCCACUGUCCACAUCAAGGCCCUGGAGUACCUGGCCUCUGUGUUCAGUCUACUGGCAGAGGAGGACUACCACCUUCUGGAGUUUGAAGCCUAUGCCUUUGUGCCAUACUUGAUUCUUAAGGUUGGAGAUAAGAAUGAAAACAUAAGGCGAGGUGUGAGGAAUAUAUUCAAACUGAUUUGUAAAAUAUACCCAGCCAGCAAAAUGUUUAGUUUUAUCCUGGAUGGGUUGAAAAGCAAGAAUUCUAAACAGAGAACAGAGUGUCUAGAAGAACUGGGCAGUCUGAUAGAAGUGUAUGGCAUCAAUGUGUGUCAGCCGUCCCCAGCACAGGCCCUGAAGCUGAUAGCAGGCCAGAUCAGUGACAGGGACAACAGUGUCAGGUCUGCAGCCCUCAACACGGCAGUAGAGGCAUAUGUCAUCCUGGGGGAAAGUGUGUUCAAGUAUAUUGGGAAUUUACCCGAUAAAGAGCAGGCAAUGUUGGAGGAGAGGAUCAAAAGGUCCAACAAGAAUAGACCUGCUACAGCACAGCAACCACAGCCAGUGAAGACCUCUCCAGACAGGGAGAGACCCCAGACUGCACCUGCUGCUGCCUCCAAGGCCAAAACGCAGGGAAUUCCAGGCCCACGUGUCGCCACUCCUGUACGCCGCUCUGCCUCUGGUAAUGUGAAGAGAGAGUUUGCCUUGGAGCUUGAUGACCAAGAUGAGCCAAACAAAUAUGAAAUGCCAAAACUAGUGGAUGUUGAUGUAGAUGAAAUUUUGAAUGAUACAGUGCAGAUUCCCAAGACCAGAGCUCGGCCUCCUAGUCCAUUAUCUAAACUACUUCACCGUUCAGCUGAUGCCAACACAGCUAUAGACCUGGUUAUUUCCCAGAUCACAAGUGGGGACAUCAGUGUCUGCAUACAGUCACUUGCACAGAUUGAUGGCAUGUUGAAGAAGGAGGACCGUGCAGAGCUGCUGACCAAUCAUGUAGACCAGCUCCUGGUGGCCAUUACUGUCCAGUUGAAGAUGGCCCACACCAAACACAUGGGGGACCCCAACACUGACAGUGAAGAUGUUAUUACACUGUGUAGAGCACUGUUAGGGACACUGCUAGAGCUGUUCCAGUCCAAAGUAUUAUCCAAAGUUGCCAGCCGUGAUGUGCUGAAGGAGUUGAUCUCCAUGAUGGUCACUAUUCUGCUUGACCGUCGUCUGGAGGACUUCAGCGAGGGGCCACAGCUGAUGCGGUCAGUCAAUGUGAUGGUGGUCAAGAUUGUGGAAAAAUCCAACAGCACAAAUGUCAUGAGUGCACUAAUAAAACUAUUCCAUGAAUGCAUGGCCAGUGAAACGUGUUCUUACAAGUUUAUAGAACUUGUCAUGAAGUGUUUGUGGAAGAUGAUGAGGAUGCUUCCAGACAUUAUCAAUGAUAUUGAUGUAGAGGUGAUUCUCUAUGACCUGCAUGCCUUCCUCAAACAAUUUCCCACAUACACAUGGAAAGACAGAGCUGAGGGAGACACACCACUGAGGACAGUCAAAACUAUUAUGCAUUCUUUGGCAAAGAUGAAAGGAAAUAAAAUCCUCAGUGAUAUAGGCAGAAUAGAGAACCCAGCAGAGUCUGAGGUGGUCCAGUAUUUGAACAAGGUGCUCAAGCAUGGAGUGGGUGGGGGCACAGCUGUUGCUGUCUCUAAUACCAAGAAUGAGCAGAAUGGUUCCUCUGAGGAUUCUAAAACACCCAGGAGAGAGAGCACUGGCAAGUCUUCCAAAAGACUGAGUAAAAGCACACAUGACACUCUGGCAGAGAUAUUCAAGAAGAUUGGCUCCAAAGAAAAUACAAGAGAGGGUCUCAAUGACCUGUAUGACUUCAAGCAAAAGAACCCAGAAGCAGACCUUGAACCAUUCCUCCGCAAGUCUUCCCAGUUCUUCCAGAAUUACAUAGAAAGGGGACUGAAGAACAUUGAGCUUGAGAGACAGGCAGGAGAGAAGUUGCCCACUCCAUCAUUUGGUUCCAUGUCAAGCCAGCCAGAAGGUGUUCAACUAGGGGCAUCCCUGGACACAGCCAAAGGUGAUGUGAACCCUGCCAUGUACAUGGAGAGACUGAAGAUCCUGCGGGCCAGGUGUGGCUUAGAUAAUAACAGUCAGCAGUCUACAGAAACUGUACAGAAACCUGUUAAAAGCAGUAGUGAGGAGACUUUAGCCAGUAAUCUUCCUGCACUUUCAAGUAGUAGCACCAGUACUGCACAACCACAAGAGAGUGGAGAUGAUAAUAGUGAAAAUAAGCCUGCUGCUGCUCAAGUCAAUGUGGCAGACUUGAAGAAAAGACUGGACCGAAUCAAGAGACAAGCACAGAUGGACAGUUAACAUAACUUAUCUUAUGAUAUAAAUGUGAAAGGCACAUUUGAAUAAUGUCUAAAAAUGUGUUAAACAAGUUGUUACUGAGGACAAUAAGCUACUUUGGGGAUUUUUAUAAGCCUAGUAUGCAGACAACAAUAAUAUCUCUCUUUGAAGAGUACAGUAAAGAAACAAGGAAUGCAUAUAUUAAGGCAACCAUGUUUGGAAGAGGAAGAUUUAGAAAAAAGGUCAGAAAAACUUUGAGUAAAAGUUUUUUCAAUCAAAAGAUUAAUAUUAGUCAACCAGACUGCAUUAUGGAGAAGACAUCUUCAGUAUUGCCAAAAUUUUACAAUAAAUGCCAACAAUGCUUGCAUAUGAUCACAAAAAUAUUUGAGAAUGCUUUGAUAAUUAAUGUAAAGCCAUUAGGUUUAUGUACACCAGUAUCAUGUAAUCUUUUCAUUUAAUUUAUGGAACUCCUUAUACAUAUCCAGCCGUCAGUAAUUGAUGUAGUUUGCAUACGUAUACUUUGUAAUUGCCAAAAUGCAGGGGUUACUUGCAGAACUGUAUUGAAAUACAGAUGAUUUGUAUGAGAUGUGCACGAGUGAGAGUGAAGACACAUUUGUUGCCAUUAUUAUUGUUAUUAUUAUUAUUAUAUGUAUUAUAAUAACAAUUUUUUGUUGAUAGAUGAAUAGUGUGUAUAUGUAUAUAAACCAAUAUUUAACAGAUCAGAGUAAUCAUAAGAGCAUGUUUUGAUUGUAUAGCUGCUCUAUGCAAGGUACCUGGCACCAAGGUGGAUCUGACCAAAUUGUAAUAAAGUCUCAAAAGAGUAAUUUGUAAUUUUGG